AUGGGGCUGGGCAGAGGCGAGGAUGCCCAGUAUUAUGCCAGAAGGUCAAGGGUAGCAGAGUGGUUGAGAUUGACUGCUCAAGCACUGUUCACAUCUCCUCACCCACUUUACCCUUCCCCAGCACUGCUGUCUGCUGUAAGGAUCAACGGGGAUGGCCAGGAGGUCAUGUACCUGGCGGAAGGUGACAAUGUGAGGCUAGGCUGCCCCUACAUGCUGGAUCCUGAGGACUAUGGUCCCAAUGGUCUGGACAUUGAGUGGAUGCAAGUCAACUCAGAACCCUCACAUAGGGAAAAUGUGUUUCUAACAUAUCAAGACAAGAGGAUUGGCCAUGGCAACCUCCCCCAUCUGCAGCAGAGGGUCCGCUUUGCAGCCUCAGACCCCAGCCAGUACGAUGCCUCCAUCAACCUCAUGAACCUGCAGGUAUCUGACACAGCAACCUAUGAGUGUCGGGUAAAGAAGACCACCAUGGCCACCAGGAAGGUCAUAGUCACUGUCCAAGGUACGACCCGAUUCUUCUGGGCUCCCCUUCCCCGGGCUUCAGAGUCAAGGGCGGGUUGGCUCUGUCUUUCGGCUGGGUCUGGGUUUAUAAUUGCCUGCCUUGUUACAGCACGUCCUGCGGUACCCAUGUGCUGGACCGAAGGCCACAUGUCCAAGGGCAACGAUGUGGUACUGAAGUGCUUUGCCAAUGGAGGCUCUCAGCCCCUGUCCUACAAGUGGGCCAAGAUCAGUGGGCACAGCCACCCCUACCGAGCCGGUUCCUACCACUCCCAGCACAGCUUCCACUCUGAGCUUUCCUAUCAAGAGUCUUUCCACAGCUCCAUCAACCAAGGCAUGGGCAAUGGGGACCUGGUGUUGAAAGGUGUCAAUGCGGAUGAUGAUGGGCUGUAUCAGUGCACAGUGGCCAACCAUGUGGGCUACAGCGUCUGUGUGGUGGAAGUGAAAGUCUCAGACUCCCAGCGUGUAGGCAUGAUCGUCGGCGCGGUGCUGGGCUCUUUGCUCAUGCUGGCCUGCCUGGCACUAGGCAUCUGGGGGCUCAUCUGCUGCUGCUGCGGAGGCGGCGGGGCUGGUGGUGCCCGCGGUGCCUUCGGCUACGGGGUCGGCGGCGGGGUCGGCGGCGGGGCCUGCGGCGACAUGGCUAGUGAGAUCAGAGUGGACGCCGAGCCGCCCGGGUGCAAGGCCAGUGGGCGCGGCAGCCGCGUCACCCAUCUCCUGGGGUACCCGACGCAGAACGUCAGCCGCUCCCUGCGCCGCAAGUACGCGCCUCCGCCCUGCGGCGGCUCCGAGGACGUGGCCCUAGUGCCCCGCACAGCCUCCGCAGCCUGCGAAGCGGGCCCUUCCCCCGUCUACGUCAAGGUCAAGAGCGCAGAGCCGGCCGGCUGCACCGACUGCGCCCAGGUCGAGCAGCGGUCGUGCAAGGACGGCCUCUUAGUGUGAGCGCGCGGCACCGGGCUGCGCCCCGGCUGGCAGGCGGUUCGGGGCUCUCCGCCCGCAGCUGGGGACAGGCUCGGGCAGGCGCAGACCUGGCUCUCACCGGCCGCUUGGCGGCAGAGAGUUCAGGGGAACUUCCCUCAGAGAUGCCUGGGGGACAGAGCCUUCUGUAGCUCUGAACUAGGAGGGGGGCAGGGGACAGAGGAAGACAGUUCAGAUAACCCUCCCUCACCCCUGGUCUCCAGGGAGAGGAAGGGAGGGAAGCAGUCGGUAUCCCAGAACCGCAGAGGUACAAGCCAGGUGUCCCCAGCCACGGCAGAGGGCCCCCAGCCCUGGGAAGGUGGGGUUUCAGGACUGGAUGGUUCUGUGUGUGAGAUCUGAGCUCCGAGGCAACAGUGUUAGCACAAUAAAGAAGCUUAAAGACGACA